AUGACUUCGAGAUUUACAGAUGACGAAAACCGACAGUUCUCCGAAAGAUUCGGCUCCUGGGAGGACGAAUAUUUCGGCCGCACAAUAGACCCAUGCCUGAAUUCCGCAUCCAGCAGAUCUUGUUGCGAAGAAUUACUGAACAUGGUCGAAAUAUUGGAACUACAAUAUGUUGACUUUGAGGGGAUCGGUCCGGACUCUGAUCAUAAAUCCUAUGAUGAUAUUAUAGAACACGUAAAAGCUCGAAGUGUCUUACGCACCGGAGGAGUCGAACUCGGAUACUAUGGAACUCCCAUAAUAGAAGCGCGCGUCUAUGCAGUCGCCACGGGUCCGUAUGAAAUAUGGACAUAUAUGGACAUAGAUGAUGUCGAGGAGUACGACGAUGAGGAGGAAGAGGAGGAAGAGGAUGAAGAGGAAGAGGAGUACGACGAUGAGGAGUACGACGAUGAGGAGGAAGAGGAGGAAGAAGAGGAAGAGGAGUACGACGGUGAGAAGAGGACGACGAGGACAAGAGCGCUGAUUGAUCGUGAUUUUUUUAGUGAUGACGAUGAUGACCUAGAGGACGAGGACAAAUGCAUAAUUUGUCUUUCUAAAAGAAAGAGCGCAACCUUUGUUCAUGGUAGAAUGGGACAUUGCUGCUGCUGUUUAUCGUGCGCAUAUAAAUUGGAAAAGGGGGAAGAUAAUUGUCCCGUGUGUCGAGCGCCAAUAGAUUUUGUCAUUAGACAAUAUUGAACGCGAAUUCCUGGCCUUUGUUACCCGCCCGAGUAACAAAAAUCCCGAGGUGUCGAUGGAUACCCAAGACUGAGUCAUAGCGGCCCUAUCUGCCGACCACCCUGCGCGAUCCCCGGCAUCAUCUUUACCAGAAACAGGUAAAGAUAUCGUCCCCUUUUUCACCAACCUUGCACAUAAUCAGGAGGUAAAUCUGUAUCUUCAGGUAUUAACAUCAAUUCCUCCUUUACAAAAGCCCGUCCGGGUCCGUCUUCAACAUAGUACAUUACACGGUUACCAGGUUGCGCUCUUUCUUUUAGAAAGACAAAUUAUGCAUUUGUCCUCGUCCUCUAGGUCAUCAUCGUCAUCACUAAAAAAAUCACGAUCAAUCAGCGCUCUUGUCCUCGUCGUCCUCUUCU